AUGAUAGUUCCUGGUUGGAUUUGCUCUGCAGAGUGCAUUAAGUUAGGAAAAAAAAUGAAGAUACAUUCCAUGGACCAAGGAGCAGAGCACAUGCUGAUUCUAUCCUCAGAUGGAAAACCAUUUGAGUACAACUAUAGCAUAGAACAUGCAAGGUUUCAAAGCAUUUUACAAGAAAAAACUAUAAUACAGAUCGCAUGUGGAGAUCAUCAUUCUCUUGCACUCUCAAAAGGUGGUGAGCUUUUUGCCUGGGGACAUAACGAACACGGCCAGCUCGGAGUUGGAGGGAUAUUUCCCUCAACCCCCACACCACAGAUUGUGGAAGACCUCGCCGGAGUCCCCUUGGUUCAGAUUUCUGCAGGAGAAGCCCACAGCAUGGCCUUAUCCAUAUCUGGAAACAUUUACUCAUGGGGAAAAAAUGAUCUUGGACAACUUGGCCUGGGCCACACUGACAGUAAAGAUUCUCCUUCGCUUAUUGAAGCACUAGACAAUCAGAAAGUUGAAUUUCUCGCUUGUGGGGGCUCUCACACGGCCUUGCUCACACAGGAUGGGCUGGUGUUUACUUUUGGUGCUGGCAAAUAUGGGCAACUUGGUCACAAUUCAAGACAGAAUGAACUAAGACCCUGUUUGGUGACUGAGCUUGCUGGGAGUAGAGUGACCCAGAUAGCAUGUGGAAGGUGGCACACUCUUGCCUAUGUUUCUGAUUUGGGAAAGGUCUUUGCCUUUGGUUCUGGAAAAGAAGGACAAUUGGGAAAUGGUGGAACACAUAAUCAGCUGAAACCACUUCCCAUGAAAUUGCCAUCAAAUGAAGAACUCAAAUUUGAAAGCCAUUCCUCAGAAAAGAAGUUAAUAAUGCUUGCUGGAGGGAAUCAAAGCAUUUUGCUCUGGAUGGAAAAAGAGAAUUCCUAUGUUAAUCUGUGGAGGAAAAUUCCUACAUUGAGUGAAGGGACUGCAAAGAGAUGGAUUGCCGAUGUGGAGACUAAACAGUGGCAGAAUACAAAAAGGGAAAUCAAAGAAAUAUUUUCAUCUCCUGCUUGCCUGACUGGAAGUUUCUUAAGUAAAAGAAUAGCUGCAGAAACAUCUAUCCAUUUGGAUUUAAAUAAAGCAAGAAACACCUUUAAGGAGUUAACCCAAAAGGAAUGGAUUACUAACAUGAUAACCACCUGUCUCAAGGAAAAUCUGUUCAAAAACCUUCCAUUUCAUUCUUUACACCAAGAAGCUUUAGAAAUUUUCUUCCUUCUCCCAGAAUGUCCUAUGAUGCAUGAUUCUAACAACUGGGAGAGCCUGGUGGUUCCAUUUGCAAAGGCUGUUUGUAAGAUGAGUGACCAGUCUUCAAGGAUUCUGGAGGAGUAUUGGGCAAGCCUGCAAGAAUCUCCUUUCAGCAAACUAGUCCUGAUGUUUAAAAGAGCCAUCAUGUCUCAACUGCGUUAUUGGACUAAUAGUGCCAAGAAUCAUGGUCAUGCUAAAGCUCUCCUAGAAAUGCUGAAAAAGCUGCACAGGGUAAACCAGACCAAAUGUAAACUGCCUGAAAAUAUUUUUAAAGUAGAUGAACUCUCAAACUGGCUCAAUUUUUAUGAAGAAGCAUAUAGUAGGUCCUCUUGCAAAAUGAACUUGGACACUUCAGCAGACCUAAAGUAUCGUGUCAUAUUCAGUCAUUUUCCAUUUAUCUUUAAUAUUCUGUCAAAAAUGAAACUACUGUAUGCAAACUCACUUUUAAAAAUACAGGAGAACAAAAUUAGAGCUUAUAUGAAGUUGAUAGGAACUGUGGGACAAGAAGAGUCUGAAUUAGCUUUGCUGCCUGCCUUUUAUCUAAGAGUUAGAAGGAAUCACUUGAUCGAGGACGUCUUGAAUUAUCUAAGUCCAUUUGAGAAUGAAGACCUGAGGAAAGAGUUAUUGGUUUCAUUUAGUGGAGAAAUUGGUUAUGAUUUGGGAGGAGUCAGAACAGAGUUCUUCUGCUGUCUGUUUGAAGAGAUGACCCGGCCAGAAUAUGGGAUGUUCACAUAUCCCGAAGAGGCUUCCUACAUGUGGUUUCCUGUCAGGCCUAAAUUUGAGGAGAAGAGAUACUUCUUCUUUGGGGUUCUCUGUGGACUUUCUCUAUUUAAUUGCAAUGUUGCCAACAUCCCCUUCCCACUGGCGCUGUUUAAGAAACUUUUGGACCAAAUGCCAUCAUUGGAAGACUUAAAAGAACUCAGUCCUGUUUUGGGAAAGAAUUUGCAAACACUUCUGGAUGAUGAAGAUGAAGACUUUGUAGAAGUAUUUUAUAUCCAUUUUAAUGUGCAUUGGGACAGAAAUGAUGUAGACUUAAUUCCCAAUGGAAGUUGCAUUAUUGUCGACCAGACUAACAAGAGAGACUAUGUUUCUAAGUGUGUCGAUUACAUCUUCAACAUCUCUGUAAAGGCGCUUUAUGAAGAAUUUCAGAGAGGGUUUUAUAAAGUGUGUGACAAGGAGCUUAUAAAACUUUUUCAUGCUGAAGAACUGAAGGAUGUGAUUAUUGGAAAUACAGAUUAUGACUGGGAGACAUUUGAAAAGAAUGCACAUUAUGGUCAAGAAUACAGUAAUUCACAUCCCACCAUAGUGAUGUUUUGGAAGGCUUUACACAAAUUGACUCUGGAGGAAAAGAAAAAAUUCCUUGUGUUUCUUACAGGAACUGACAGAAUACACAUGAAAGGAUUAAAGAAUAUGCAAAUAACGUUUCGCUGUCCUGAAUAUUUGAGUGAAAAAGAUCCUCUAAGAGCACAGACAUGUGUUAGUGUUCUCUACCUCCCUAAAUAUUCUACAAUGGAAAGAGUGGAAGAAGCGCUUCAAGUAGCCAUCAACAACAACAGAGGGUUUGGCUGACCCUAAGACAUACUCUAUCUCUUUUUUGGAAAUAUUUUCAAAAAUAAGAUUAGUAACUCAAAAAUUAACAUUAAAGUUUUGUUCACUAUUUGAUUUAA